AGCCGAGCCGGAGCCGGUUUGGUGCCAGUCGGGAGCUGGCGGAGGGAAGGGGGCCGGGCUGCAGUGCUGCUGGGGCUGGGGAUGCUGAUGGCACCCGGGGGAGCCCCCCCGACCGUAGCGAGGAGCUGAACGAGGGCACCGCGGCGCCGAGGGAGCAGCCUGGAGCCCGAGGAGUGCAGCAUGGAGCCGCCGGCCGUGCCGGAGGAGGAGGUGCCCGUCACUGUAGCGCCCGGCCCGGUGGGUUGCCAGCUCUUUGGAUAUGUGGGAAUUGAAGCUGUGCUCGACCAGAUGAAAAUCAAAACCAUGAAGACGGGCUUUGAGUUCAACAUCAUGGUUGUGGGGCAGAGUGGGCUGGGCAAGUCGACGAUGGUGAACACCCUCUUCAAGUCCAAGGUGAGCCGCAAAUCCUCACAGCCUGAGCAGGAGGAACGUAUUCCCAAGACAGUGCAGCUCCAGUCUAUCACCCAUGUCAUCGAGGAGAAGGGGGUGAAGAUGAAGCUGACAGUGACGGACACGCCGGGGUUUGGAGACCAGAUCAACAAUGAGAACUGCUGGGACCCCAUCAUCAAGUACAUCAACGAGCAGUACGAGAGGUACCUACGGGAGGAGAUCCUCAUCACCCGUAAGAGGAAGAUCCCAGACACUCGAGUCCAUGGAUGUGUCUACUUUGUCCCCCCCACAGGUCACUGGCUGCGCCCACUGGAUCUGGAGUUCAUGCGGCGGCUCAGCAAGAUUGUCAACGUGGUGCCAGUGAUCGCCAAAGCCGACACACUCACCCUGGAGGAACGGGCAGAGUUCAAGCAGCGGAUCCAGGAGGACCUGAAGACCCACGCCAUCAGCGUGUACCCACAGGAGGACUUUGACCAGGACCCUGAAGACAGGGCACUGAAUGACAGGAUUCGGGAGAAGAUCCCCUUUGCCGUGGUGGGGGCGGACCAGGAGCACCAGGUGAAUGGCAAGCGAGUGCUGGGCCGCAAGACCAAGUGGGGCAUCAUCGAAGUGGAGAACCCAGCACACUGCGAGUUCCCCCUCCUGCGGGACCUGCUGAUCCGGUCACACCUGCAGGACCUGAAGGACAUCACCCACAACGUCCACUACGAGAGCUACCGCGUGCGGCGGCUGAACGAGAGCAACCGGCCAGUGCUGAGCCCCCUCAACGGGCUGCCUGGCAAAGGUGAGGGUGGCAGCCACCUCUGAGCCACCUCAUGCCCCCCAGAGCCACCACUGGACCCCGCGGCAGUGCCCACUCCUGCCCACCAUGGCUGUGCCCAGACCCUGCCUGGGGUGAGGAGCCCAUGUUAAUUUGGGGUGAGGUGACCCCUGACAGUGCCCAGCUGCCCCGAUGUGGGUCCCUCGUCCCCAGGCUCUGCCAUGGGCACAGACCCCAUGGACCCCGUGUGACAUUAAAGGUCAGGCUGGAGCCUUCAGCCUUUGCAUCAACCUC